UUCUCAUUUUGUAAACACAAUUUUUUUCAAGGGAAACAAAAAUUGAAUCAUUUUACCUGAGGAAUAUUAUUGGGCUACAAUGGGCCGUAGUGAGGCCGAAGUCACACCUUAAAUAGAACGUGGUAGAAGUUACUAUAAUAUUAGAGUUACAAACCAGUAAUCACGGAAGUAGUAAAAACGGCCCAUAGAAAGUAUAAACAAUCCAACGGCUGAAAAAGCUUACCUUGGAGAAGAGUCCAAAAUAUCUUCUGGAAGCUACCAUCACUCUCUCCUAUAUAACUCAAAAUUCACCAUCAUCUUCAUCAUCAUCAUCAUCAUCAUCCUUUCUUUAUCCAACUUUCUUCACCAAAUCGAUUCUUCUUCAACCAUGUCUUCCUUCACCUCCAAAUUCGCCGAUGAGCUGAUUGCUAACGCUGCUUACAUCGGAACACCUGGAAAAGGUAUCCUUGCGGCAGAUGAAUCAACUGGUACUAUUGGGAAACGUCUCGCUAGCAUCAACGUUGAGAACGUUGAAUCCAACAGACGUGCUCUUCGUGAGCUUCUCUUCACUACUCCUGGAGCUCUUCCUUGCCUCAGUGGUGUUAUCCUCUUUGAAGAAACUCUUUACCAGAAGAGCUCUGAUGGUACGCCUUUUGUUGAUAUGUUGAAGAGUGCAGGAGUUUUGCCUGGUAUUAAGGUUGAUAAGGGUACCGUUGAGCUUGCUGGAACCAAUGGUGAGACUACUACUCAAGGUCUUGAUGGUCUUGGUGACCGUUGCAAGAAAUACUACGAGGCUGGUGCUCGUUUCGCCAAGUGGCGUGCGGUUCUUAAGAUUGGUGUUAAUGAGCCAUCUCAGUUAGCUAUCCAUGAGAACGCUUAUGGAUUGGCUAGGUAUGCUGUCAUUUGUCAGGAGAACGGUCUUGUGCCGAUUGUGGAGCCUGAGAUUCUUGUUGAUGGCUCUCAUGACAUUCAGAAGUGUGCCGCGGUGACAGAGCGUGUUCUUGCAGCUUGCUACAAGGCUCUGAGUGAUCACCAUGUCUUGCUAGAAGGAACACUCUUGAAACCUAACAUGGUUACUCCAGGAUCAGAGAGUGCGAAGGUUGCACCAGAGGUGAUUGCUGAGCACACUGUCCGUGCUCUUCAGAGGACAGUUCCAGCUGCUGUUCCAGCCAUAGUGUUCUUGUCUGGUGGACAGAGCGAGGAAGAGGCGACAAGAAACCUUAACGCGAUGAACCAGUUGAAGACAAAGAAGCCUUGGUCGUUGUCUUUCUCCUUUGGAAGGGCGUUGCAGCAGAGCACUUUGAAGACUUGGGGAGGAAAAGAGGAGAAUGUGAAGAAGGCUCAAGAAGCGUUCUUGGUCAGAUGCAAAGCUAACUCUGAAGCAACACUUGGUGCUUACAAGGGUGAUGCUAAGCUCGGUGAAGGUGCAGCUGAGAGCCUUCACGUUAAGGAUUACAAGUACUGAAGAAAGAGGCUGAGGAUCGUAGUUUUUAUAUCAUCGUUUAUGUUCUUGCUUUCACUUUCUCUGUUUUUUGUUUGGUGUUUUGUUUAGAAGAGUGGUGGCACCAAAGAACCCCGUUUAUACUUUUUUAUGAGGUCUUUGUGUUCUUAUGAAGCCUUUUUAAAAAUGAAUAUUAGCUUGUUGGGUUAUAAUUUAACAUUAUCAAUAGUGACGACAUUUGGGCGGUUGUAUAGUUCAUAAUGUCUACCAAACUCAAGAAAAUAGAAAAGAUCAUCGAAAUAUUUUGGACUCCCAACUUUGAAACCCAAAGGUAACAUAC